UGAAGGAGUCAUUACUGUAGAGUAUGUUUAAUUUAGGAAAGGAAGAGCAAGAAGCAUCAUAAUAAGAGUAGAAACAAGAAGAGACAGAAGGUGGAGGAGAGUGAGAGUUCUAGUUCUGAGUCUGAAGAAGAAGAGAAGGCUGAAGGUGAUAAAGAAGGAGGUGAACAGCCAAUGGUGGGUCCAACUAAAGAUGGAAUGGUUCCUGAAGAGAUAGUCCAGACCAGGCCUUCAUGGCUCUACCGGUUUAGUAAGAGCCCCAGCCCCAAAGACCCUGAGACAAAGCGGCCUAGCCAUCAACCUUUCCAGUUGAGAGAACGCCCUGAACAAGUUUCAAGAUCAGGUAGGAAACUGAAAGGAAGAGGUAUCAUGAAAUAUCGUACUCCUUCUCCUCGUCGUGAAGAAAGAAGAGAACGAGAAAGGUCUCGCUCACCACUUUACAGGAGGCGUGGCCGUCGAUCCCGCUCUCGAUCACAUGACCAGAAGACAAGACGGGACAGGAGACGCUCAAGAUCAAGGAGCAAUGACAGGAGGAGGAGGAGGAGGUCCAGGAGCGGUGGGAGGAGGGAGGGGAGAGGAGACAGAUCACGUAACGAGAGACGGGAACAAAGAUCAAGAUCGACAAGUCAAAGAAGAUCAAAGUCUCCAGAUCAAAAACCUUCAAACAAGAAAGGGAACCAAGUGGAGGUUCCUGUUUAUGAUAUGAGAGACUCUCGUUCAAGUACUCCACUCCAAGAUGAAGAGCCUUUCAGGGUGGGCGUGACUACUGGGAGGGGCAAAGCACAUAAAAAUGGCGGCAGUAACAGCAAUUGGUAUGAGAAUGUUGAAUCAGAUCCGAAUGAAGAGCUGGAGGAGGAGUAUCAGAAAGUAGAGGCUACUCUAGCUAACCAGCAGUUCGGAGUGACCAGUUAACCUCAUUAUCUCAUGGCAUGUACUCAUUUUGAAUAUUUUAAAUAAUUAUUUUCCAACAAUUUAUGAAACUUUAUCAUUAUUUGAUUAUUAUUAUUGUUGUUUAUGUUCUUUUUGUACAACAAUGCAUUUAACCAGUACUAACAUGAUUUAAUUAUACAGAAAUACUGUUAAGUUUUCUUUCAAUCAA